AUGGCAAAGAAGAAAAAGUCAAACGCCACUAAUGCAGCCAGGUUAUUGGAAUCAUCUGUCUCACCAAUAGUUGAGCUUAAAUAUCCUGAACCGUUAUUUACAGUUGCUGCACAUCCGACCAAACCAAUUUUAUUAUCAGGAUUGGCUACUGGGCAUAUAUAUUGCAGCUCAUAUGAUGCUGAUAAAUUAGAAGAAGAUCAGAGCACAAGACGUGAAAAGCUUUCUUUAUUAGAGAAAGAAGCUUUUAAGACAGGUAAAAUAGCUAAUAUCAACAAAUCUGUGUCUCAACUGAAACAGAAGUGGUGGACAGUCAUCGAAGAUAAUACGGAGAUCCCAGAUUGUUUAAACAUUGUGAAUAAUUGGAAAACCAAAAGACAUAAAGGGUCUUGUAGGUCUGCUAUUUUUGACCCACUUGAAAAUUCAUUGGGUGAAAAUAUCUAUUCAGUAGGCACAGACCACAUUAUUAAAAAAGCUAACACUGAAACAGGAAAAGUAGUGACUAAGGCUACCAUAUCAGAUCACUAUUCUGAGAAGAAAGAUGCAAUCACUAAGCUUGCUCAUUCUACAUCGCAUCCCUUUUUAUUGUCGGGAACUGAAAAUGGUGAUGUUUUAGUUUAUGACAGCAACAACAUGGCAUCAAACCAAUUGAAAUUCAACGUUUCAAAGGCACAUGAUGACUCUAUUAACCACAUUCUACCAAUGCCUUCUGUUUCGGCUUACCAUUAUUUAACUCUUGGUUCCACUACUUUAUCACAUAUUGAUAUUCGUAAGGGUAUUAUAACCCAAUCCGAUGAUCAAGAGGAUGAAUUGCUUUCAAUGUGUUUUGCUUCGGAUCACGUCAAUGAUAAUAAGAAUGAUACUGUAUUAGUAUCUCACGGAGAAGGUAUAGUGACUAUUUGGAAAAAUUCAAAGAAUAGACUCAUGGAUCAGUUAUCUCGUAUUAAAGUCAAUAAGGACGCAUCUAUUGAUGCCAUCAUCCCUACCAUGAAUUGCGAUGAUGGAGAAAUGGUGGACUCUGUAUGGUGUGGUGAUAGUGAAGGAUUGUUACAUAGAAUUAACUAUAAGAAGGGAAAAGUUGUUGAAACAAGAGUACAUUCAUCUGCUGGUGGAAAAUAUGGAGCGGCUGAUGAAGUAGGUAUUUUGGAUAUUGACUAUGACUAUAGACUUAUUAGUGCAGGUAUGGAUAGUUUGAAGAUAUGGUCAAACCAAGAAGAAGUCUUGAAUAGCGAUAUUGAUGACAGUGACAGUGACAGUGAUAUCGAUAGCGAUGAUAGCGAUAGCGAUGCAAACGACCACGAUGAUAUCCCUCUUAAUGAAGAUAGCGAAGAUGAUGCCUCAGAUGAUUCGGACGGUGAUAAUGGAAACGAUAGUCUGGAGGAAAUUUUGCAAGAUGUAGCGCUUUCUGAUUCAAAUGAUGACAAUAUUGAAACUGAUAGUGAUGUAGAGCAAGUCGAUAAAGAAGAACCGACAAAGCCAUUACAAAUCGUUCGUAAAAAGAGAUUUAAUGUUCCUGAAAUAUCUAAUAAGACUAAUAUUAACAAAAAAGUCAUUGAUAUAAACAAGUUGACUAAAGAACAAUCGACCAAAGAAGAUUACGAUGAAGACACUGAAGAACCUAAUAAAAAGAAGCAAAAAUUAAAACCUAAGCAAAUGUCAACUAAACAAAUCAGAAACAUGCAAAAGCAUGAACAUGGUAUACGUAGAUUUGAUGAUUUAUAG